UCCUCCAUGUGCAGGGCUGUUUUGCAGCUGCUGGCGGUCCAGGGGCAGUAUGCUGACAUAACCUCUCCGCCAGACCCAGCACUACGACCCUGCAAGCCAGACACAGAUUUAUACUCUGUCUCACACAGUCCUCUAGCAGACAAUUUCAAAAGACCAAAGACUGAUCUAACAUUUACUGAAACAGACCACAGUGCUGUACUAACCCCAGAACUUACAAUUGCCAGCAGACUAAUACCUGAAGAAGAACCCCCAGAGGCCACUCUAGUCGAUCCGUCCCCUGCCUUUAACAGUAAACUUGAAGAGGAGUUAUUUGACACUGACAAACCAUUUGCAGAUCCAACAUCACUUCACCAUGUGAUAAAUACGGACCUGCCAGUCUCAGAAUUAUCCUUAUCAGAGCAACCAAAUCUAAACUCACCAGAACCCUUAGCAACUGGCCCGACUGUUACAGAACCCUUAUCAGAUACUACCCUGACGGUUUCAGAAGCAGAACCCUUGGCAGAUACUGCCUUGACUGUUUCAGAACCCUUAGAAGAACCCUUAAAUGUCCCGAUUGUUUCAGAAUUAACUUUAUCCGAACCACUUGUUAGAACAAACCCAGUUAUUCCAGAAUCAAACUCAUCUGAACAGUCAGCUGCGAUGGACUCUCAAGUAUCAGAAUCGACUUUACCAGAGCCUCCAAUAACCUCUGAUGCACCUAUCAUAGCCCACUCUUCAACAGAAGCAGAAAUAAACUUUGACCAACUAACACUAGAACUAACAUCACCAGAACGACCUCUAAACACAGGCCAACCGACCCAGGAAUUAAACCUCUCAGAACCUGACAUCAGUACUAACAGCGACACUACUAACUCAUCCAUAUCUGAGCCUCAGCUGGCAGAGAGGAGCCAGAAUACAGACAUAAUGUUGCUUUCACGCCCUGAGAUCGCCCUCAGCUUGACUGAAGACACUCCUUUACCAGAGCCACAGCUUGCUGUGAGUACUGGCAGCCCCUCUGUAUCUUACUCUCCUCCCCUCACAACCACUCACGCUUUUACAGUGCUCUGCAUGCCCUUAUGCACAGGUGCUGUGAUCCUGCUGUUUUCUCACGCUAAGGCUAAGCCCAUGGUGUGAUGAUCACUGUUUCCUUAGUGUUUGAAUUGACUGGCUGUGUGAACCUGCCCACCCCAAAAUGAACUAUUUUCAUCUUUGGUCUACAACACAAUAAUAUGUUCUCUUUUUCCCCUCAUUAACCAUUCACAUUUGAACAUACAUUAUUCUGGAUAUGUCUGUUUCAGCCAAUGAGGCGUUCUUGUUAGCUGAUUGGUUCAGUGAUUGAGACAAUCUGACUUUUCACUGGUGAUCUCAGUGACAAUGGAGUGUUUAUUCAUGCUAGUUGGUGUUGUGGUGUGUGGAUCAACCUCUGGAAGUGUAGGUAUGUUUUAUCUCAAGGUUAUUCACUCCACCCUUUAUCACUGUAUGGGUCUGUCCUAUUUCAGAUACUUUUGUGCUGCCUCUCCUGGCUUGCCCAACUGCAGGUCUUGUGAAGUAUUUUUGUAGUUGUGAAAAGACGUGAUGAUGUCUGGUAGAAUGUACACAUGGAGUGCAUCUCUCAAUGUCCUCUGUUUUAUUUUAGGCCGCCAGCAUGGUGGCGUCGUCACGUUCAUAUGCUGAUUUCACUCCUGAGGCCACCUUUGACAUAAAGGUAAGACAAAAAUAAAACGUUUUUAGCUGAUUGAUUCUCACUGUUUGCCUUGAUGAGAUCGCAUUGUGUGUGUUCCCUCGUAUAGAAAGUGGACCUACAUCGUCUGGAGGAGGGCCCACCUCUGACGGCCACUCUGACCCGGGAGGAGGGACUGAAGUACUACCGCACCAUGCAGACCAUAAGACGCAUGGAGCUGAAGGCAGAUCAGCUGUACAAGCAGAAGAUCAUCAGAGGCUUUUGUCAUCUGUAUGAUGGCCAGGUUAGAGCGCACACAAUCACUCUCAUGGAUUGUAUAAGCAAAUAUAGUCUCGCAUGUAUACACACAUACUUCAUUCAAAUAUAAACGCUCAGAGAUUCUGUUUGUUAUUCUAUGAUAGGAAGCCUGUGCGGUUGGCAUUGAGGGGGGUAUCACCCUGUCAGAUCACCUGAUUACUGCAUACCGCGCCCACGGCUAUACCCUCACCAGGGGCGGGACCGUCAGGGAGAUCAUGGCUGAGCUCACUGGUGAGUGUACUUGACUUGACCCAAUCCAAUAGAUAACUCUAAUAAGAGCUAAUAGUGCUGAACGAUUAGUGCUUUUUGAGGUCGGUUCGAUUAUUAAAAAAUAAUCACGAAUUUCGGUUUCUAUUAUUUUUUUAAACAUUAAAUGCAUUAUGAAUUAAUGAUAUUAAAAUGACGAGAGAUUUUUUAAUGGAAAUGUCAAAGCCAGAAAUGGUGAACGUUAAAUUGCCAAAACAUUGAAAAUAUUCCAUUGUCUUUGUCAGGUCCAUAUAGAAAAAAAGGAAAUUACAAUUAAAUAAUAAGAUAUUUCAGUUGUGUAUAUUACUUAGUUUUAUUUUUUGACUUUAUAAUUUUUCAUUCCUAAGUCAUCUCAUCUCCUCUGCUCAGACAGUAGCAGCCAGACAACCAUCUAACAUUCUGUGUUCUCCCCAUACUGUACUGUCUUUAGUCAUCCUAUUUAACUAGGCUAGUCUGCCUAAGUAUGCUGCAGAGCUGUCUGAUGAAAUAAUUGUACUAGUUCUUCUCGUUGUUGUGUACAUUACUCUCUCAUGCAGCGGCGUAUGCUAUCUGUGUAUCUAACCUAACAUAGGAGGCGUAAAAGUGUAUCCAUCUGGGUCCGAGCCGGAAAAGAACAGGCGCAAUGGAUUAUGGUCAUUGUAGUUAAUUACCACGGUUCUGCGCUGAACUAGGUUGAACAUUUGCUACACUAGGUUGAACAUUUGCUGUUUGGGUUAGUUCUUAUUAUACAAUUUCACUGUAGAACCCCUAGUCCCUCUCAAACUGCCUCAUAUAGUUCCUUUGUUCCUCCCCCCAUACACGCCGAGACCGGCUCAAUCGAUGCCUCCAAUGACGCUAUCUCUUUCAUUGUUACCCAACGCUUAGGGUUACCUGAACUGUACUCAUAUCCUUCCAUAUCCUUUUCUGUACAUAAUGCCCUGAAUCUUUUCUACAACGCCCGGAGAACUGCCCCCUUUAUUCUAUGUACCCAACGCACUAGAAGACCAGUUCUUAAAGCCUUUAGUCGUAUCCUUAUUCUAGUCCUCCUCUGGUGAUGUAGAGGCUAACCCAGGCCCUGCAGCCCCCAGUAUCACUCCUACUCCCCAGGAGCUAUCAUUUGUUGACUUCUGUAACCGUAAAAGUCUUGGUUUUCUGCACAUAAAUAUCAGAAGCCUCCUUCCUAAGUUUGAGUUAUUCACUGCGUUAGCACACUCCGCCAACCCUGAUGUUCUAGCAGUGUCUGAAUCCUGGCUUAGGAAGGCCACCAAAAAUUCUGAAAUUUCCAUCCCCAACUAUAACAUUUUCCGUCUAGAUAGAACUGCCAAAGGGGGUGGAGUUGCAAUCUACUGUAGAGAUAGCCUGCAGAGCUCCAUCAUACUAUCCAGGUCUGUGCCCAAACAGUUUGAGCUUCUACUUCUAAAAAUCCACCUUUCCAGAAAUAAAUCUCUCACUGUUGCCGCUUGCUACAGACCCCCCUCAGCCCCCAGCUGUGCCCUGGACACCAUAUGUGAAUUGAUUGCCCCCCAUCUAUCCUCAGAGUUCGUACUGCUUGGUGACCUAAAUUGGGAUAUGCUUAACACCCCGGCCAUCCUACAAUCUAAACUAGAUGCCCUCAAUCUCACACAAAUUAUCAACGAACCUACCAGGUACAACCCUAAAUCCGUAAACAUGGGUACCCUCAUAGAUAUCAUCCUGACUAACUUACCCUCUAAAUACACCUCCGCUGUCUUCAACCAGGAUCUCAGCGAUCACUGCCUUAUUGCCUGCGUCCGUAACGGGUCCGCGGUCAAACGACCACCCCUCAUCACUGUCAAACGCUCCCAAAAACACUUCAGCGAGCAGGCCUUCCUAAUUGACCUGGCCCAGGUAUCCUGGAUGGAUAUAGAUCUCAUUCCGUCAGUAGAGGAUGCCUGGUUGUUCUUUAAAAGUAAUUUCCUCUCAAUCUUAAAUAGACAUGCCCCAUUCAAAAAAUACAGAACUAAGAACAGAUAUAGCCCCUGGUUCUCCUCAGACUUGACUGCCCUUGACCAGCACAAAAACAUCCUGUGGCGUACUGCAUUAGCAUCAAAUAGCCCCCACGAUAUGCAACUUUUCAGGGAAGUUAGGAACCAAUAUACACAAGCAGUUAGGAAAGCAAAGGCUAACUUUUUCAAACAGAAAUUUGCAUCCUGUAGCACUAACUCCAAAAAGUUUUGGGACACUGUAAAGUCCAUGGAAAAUAAGAGCACUUCCUCCCAGCUGCCCACUGCACUGAGGCUAGGAAACACUAUCGCCACCGAUAAAUCUACAAUAAUCGAGAAUUUCAACAAGCAUUUUGCUACGGCUGGCCAUGCUUUCCACCUGGCUACCACUACCCCGGCUCUGCACCCUCCGCUGCAACUUGCCCAUGCCCCCCCCGCUUCUCCUUCACACAAAUCCAGACAGCUGAUGUUCUAAAAGAGCUGCAAAAUCUGGACCCCUACAAAUCAUCUGGGCUAGACAAUCUGGACCCUUUCUUUCUAAAACUAGCCGCCGAAAUUGUCGCAACCCCUAUUACUAGCCUGUUCAACCUCUCUUUCGUAACGUCUGAGAUCCCCAGAGAUUGGAAAGAUGCCGCGGUCAUCCCCCUCUUCAAAGGGGGUGACACUCUAGAUCCAAACUGUUACAGACCCAUAUCCAUCCUGCCCUGCCUUUCAAAAGUUUUUGAAAGCCAAGUCAACAAACAGAUCAACGACCAUUUCGAAUCCCACCGUACCUUCUCCGCUAUGCAAUCCGGUUUCCGAGCUGGUCAUGGGUGCACUUCAGCCACGCUCAAGGUCCUAAACGAUAUUAUAACCGCGAUCGAUAAUAGACAGUACUGUGCAGCCGUUUUCAUUGACCUGGCCAAGGCUUUCGACUCUGUCAACCACCGCAUUCUUAUUGGCAGACUAAAUAGCCUUGGUUUCUCAAAUGACUGCCUCGCCUGGUUCACCAACUACUUCUCAGAUAGAGUUCAAUGUGUCAAAUCGGAGGGCCUGUUGUCUGGACCUAUGGCAGUCUCUAUGGGGGUGCCACAGGGUUCAAUUCUUGGGCCGACUCUUUUCUCUGUGUAUAUCAAUGACGUCGCUCUUGCUGCUGGUGACUCUCAGAUCCACCUCUACGCAGACGACACCAUUUUGUAUACAUCUGGCCCUUCAUUGGACACUGUGUUAACAAACCUCCAAACGAGCUUCAAUUCCAUACAACACUCCUUCAGUAGCCUCCAACUGCUCUUAAACACUAGUAAAACUAAAUGCAUGCUCUUCAACCGAACGCUGCUUGCACCCGCCCACCCGACUAGAAUCACUACUCUCGACGGGUCUGACCUAGAGUAUGUGGACAACUACAAAUAUCUAGGUGUCUGGUUAGACUGUAAACUCUCCUUCCAGACUCACAUUAAGAAUCUCCAAUCCAAAGUUAAAUCUAGAAUCGGUUUCCUAUUUCGCAACAAAGCCUCCUUCACUCAUGCUGCCAAACAUGCCCUCGUAAAACUGACUAUCCUACCGAUCCUUGACUUCGGCGAUGUCAUUUACAAAAUAGCCUCCAACACUCUACUCAGCAAAUUGGAUGUUGUCUAUCACAGUGCCAUCCGUUUUGUCUCCAAAGCCCCAUAUAAUACCCACCACUGUGACCUGUACGCUCUUGUUGGCUGGUCCUCACUACAUAUUCGUCGCCAAACCCACUGGCUCCAGGCCAUCUAUAAAUCACUGCUAGGCAAAUCCCCGCCUUAUCUUAGCUCAUUGGUCACCAUAGUAGUCUGCGCUCCAGCGGGUAUAUCUCACUGGUCAUCCCCAAAGCCAACACCUCCUUUGGCCGCAAUUCCUUCCAGUUCUCUGCUGCCAAUGACUGGAACAAAUUGCAAAAAUCUCUGAAGCUGGAGACACUUAUCUCCCUCACUAACUUUAAGCAUCAGUUGUCAGAGCACCUUACCGAUCACACAGCCCAUCUUACCUGUACACAGCCCAUCUGAAAUUAGCCCGCCCAACUACCUCAUCCCUAUAUUGUUAUUUAUUUUGCUCAUUUGUACCCCAGUAUCUCUAUUUGCACAUCAUCUCUUGCACAUCUAUCAUUCCAGUGUUAAUACUAAUUGUAAUUAUUUUGCACUAUAGCCUAUUUUAUUGCCUUACCUCCAUAACUUGCUAAAUUUGCACACUGUAUAUUAUAUGUAUUUCUGUUGUAUUUUUGACUUUGUUUUGUUUUACCCCAUAUGUAACUCUGUGUUGUUUUUAUCGCACUGCUUUGCUUUAUCUUGGCCAGGUCGCAGUUGUAAAUGAGAACUUGUUCUCAACUGGUUUACCUGGUUAAAUAAAGGUGAAAUAAAAUAAAAAAUAAAUAAAAAUAAAAACUACAACUCCCGUCAGCCCAGCGUCCCAUAUAGUUCUUGGCUUCAUUUAUCUCGUGAAUGAUUUGAUUUCUCUCUAGAGAAACGGCGCGUUGGCUCACAAAAAAAAAACAAAAUGGAAUUAAAGUAAUUGAAAUUGUCUGUCAAUUAUUUGUUUAAUAACCAAAAAAGCAACAUUUGGUUAAUCGCUCAGCACCAAGAGCUAAUCAUUCUACAUUGCACCUCUGAUUUUGUCUUCCUAACCAUUCAAACACACCUCUUUCACUCAUUAUUUUCUUCCCUUGCUGUCUCACUAAGGUCGUAGAGGAGGCAUUGCUAAAGGCAAGGGAGGCUCUAUGCACAUGUACACUAAAAACUUCUAUGGAGGCAAUGGCAUUGUGGGAGCUCAGGUAAUUCACAAAGGCCUAGCAUUAUUUAUUUAUCUUAGAUUUGAAAGAAUCCCAUUUGAUUCCUUUUUUAACCUGAUCAUUUGUCUAAGCUGUAUAUCCCAUUCAAAGAUGGUGGAUUCUCCCUCUCAAAUAUAACACCUGCCUAAUCUCCCCUCAGGUACCCCUGGGAGCCGGUGUAGCCCUGGCCUGCAAGUACCUGGGCAAUGACCAGCUGUGUGUCAGUCUCUAUGGUGAUGGAGCAGCCAACCAGGUUUGACAUACAUGCUUCUUAACACCUGCAUGCAUUGAACAUAUGAAGUACAACGAUUUGAGCCCAACUGUUGACUGAAUUUUUAUUAAUCCACAGGGUCAGAUCUUUGAGACAUAUAACAUGUCGUCUCUUUGGAAGUUACCCAUCAUCUUCAUCUGUGAGAACAACCAAUAUGGCAUGGGCACAUCAGUAGAGCGCUCUGCUGCCAGCACCGAAUACUACAAGAGAGGAGACUACAUUCCUGGCCUCAGGGUAGACUGCUAACUAAUACAUUCACGCUUCUGUAUAACUUGCAAAAUGUAAUUCUUAAACUCAAGUAAUGUAUCUGUAUCUGUAUCCAGGUGGAUGGGAUGGAUGUUCUGUGUGUUAGAGAGGCCACCAAGUUUGCAGCUGAUCACUGCCGAUCCGGAAAGGUGAGCAUCAAGUAUGGAGGGUUGUUGAUUUUGUGUCUGUGUACUGUGUACAGGUUUGUGUGUUUUAAGUCGAAGUAGCACAACUGAGACUGUUUCUCUGCUCCACCUGUGUUCAGGGCCCUAUCCUCAUGGAGCUCCAGACCUACCGUUAUCAUGGACACAGCAUGAGCGAUCCUGGCGUCAGGUAAAUGUCCACAGCUCAACUGAGUGUACCAAACAAUGACUCCAAUGCUUCCCAGUGUCAAAUUGGCUGGAUGUCCUUUGGGUGGUGGACCAUUCUUGAUACACAUGGGAAACUGUUGAGCGUGAAAAACCCAGCAGCGUUGCAGUUCUUGACACAAACCGGUGUGCCUGCACCUACUACCAUACCCCAUUCAAAGGCACUUAAAUCUUUUGUCUUGCCCGUUCACCUUCUGAAUGGCACACAAACAGUGGGGAAAAAAAGUAUUUAGUCAGCCACCAAUUGUGCAAGUUCUCCCACUUAAAAAGAUGAGAGGCCUGUAAUUUUCAUCAUAUGUACACGUCAACUAUGACAGACAAAAUGAGAAAACAAAAUCCAGAAAAUCACAUUGUAGGAUUUUUAAUGAAUUUAUUUGCAAAUUAUGGUGGAAAAUAAGUAUUUGGUCAAUAACAAAAGUUUCUCAAUACUUUGUUAUAUACCCUUUGUUGGCAAUGACACGGGUCAAACGUUUUCUGUAAGUCUUCACAAGGUUUUCACACACUGUUGCUGGUAUUUUGGCCCAUUCCUCCAUGCAGAUCUCCUCUAGAGCAGUGAUGUUUUGGGGCUGUCGCUGGGCAACACGGACUUUCAACUCCCUCCAAAGAUUUUCUAUGGGGUUGAGAUCUGGAGACUGGCUAGGCCACUCCAGGACCUUGAAAUGCUUCUUACGAAGCCACUCCUUCGUUGCCCGGGCGGUGUGUUUGGGAUCAUUGUCAUGCUGAAAGACCCAGCCACGUUUCAUCUUCAAUACCCUUGCUGAUGGAAGGAGGUUUUCACUCAAAAUCUCACGAUACAUGGCCCCAUUCAUUCUUUCCUUUACACGGAUCAGUCGUCCUGGUCUCUUUGCAGAAGAACAGCCCCAAAGCAUGAUGUUUCCACCCCCAUGCUUCACAGUAGGUAUGGGGUUCUUUGGAUGCAACUCAGCAUUCUUUGUCCUCCAAACACGAGAAGUUGAGUUUUUACCAAAAAGUUAUAUUUUGGUUUCAUCUGACCAUAUAACAUUCUCCCAAUCCUCUUCAGGAUCAUCCAAAUGCACUCUAGCAAACUUCAAACGGGCCUGGACAUGUACUGGCUUAAGCAGGGGGACACGUCUGGCACUGCAGGAUUUGAGUCCCUGGCGGCGUAGUGUGUUACUGAUGGUAGGCUUUGUUACUUUGGUCCCAGCGCUCUGCAGGUCAUUCACUAGGUCCCCCCGUGUGGUUCUGGGAUUUUUGCUCACCGUUCUUGUGAUUAUUUUGACCCCACGGGGUGAGAUCUUGCGUGGAGCCCCAGAUCGAGGGAGAUUAUCAGUGGUCUUGUAUGUCUUCCAUUUCCUAAUAAUUGCUCCCACAGUUGAUUUCUUCAAACCAAGCUGCUUACCUAUUGCAGAUUCAGUCUUCCCAGCCUGGUGCAGGUCUACAAUUUUGUUUCUGGAGUCCUUUGACAGCUCUUUGGUCUUGGCCAUAGUGGAGUUUGGAGUGUGACUGUUUGAGGUUGUGGACAGGUGUAUUUUAUACUGAUAACAUGUUCAAACAGGUGCCAUUAAUACAGGUAACGAGUGGAGGACAGAGGAGCCUCUUAAAGAAGAAGUUACAGGUCUGUGAGAGCCAGAAAUCUUGCUUGUUUGUAGGUGACCAAAUACUUAUUUUCCACCAUAAUUUGCAAAUAAAUUCAUUAAAAAUCCUACAAUGUGAUUUUCUGGAUUUUUUUUCCUCAAUUUGUCUGUCAUAGUUGACGUGUACCUAUGAUGAAAAUUACAGGCCUCUCAUUUUUUUAAGUGGGAGAACUUGCACAAUUGGUGGCUGACUAAUUACUUUUUUUCCCCACUGUACACAAUCCAUGUCUCAAUUGUCUCAAGGCUUAAAAAUCCUUCUUUAACUUGUCUCCUCCCCUUCAUCUACACUGAUUUGAAGUGGAUUUAACACGUGACAUCAAUAAGGGAUCAUAGCUUUCACCUGGUCAGUCUGUCAUGGAAACAGCAAGCGUUCUUUUUUGUAUGCUCUGUAUAUCGUUAUUGGAUUAGUAGAUUAGUAUUGUUGAUGCCAUAGACAUGAUUAUUAUUACCUACCUAUCUGUUAUUUUCUCUGUAGAAGUUAUUUGAACUCCAUCAGUAAACAGGUUUCCACCCAACCAUUUAAUGCGAAGGAUUUACCUGGCGCAUAAAAACAGUCACGACAGGGGUAAUGGAAACAGGAAAUGUCGGAUAAGAUUCAUAAAUGUCGACAGACAAUUUGUUCGUUCGACAGGGUGGGAUCUUUUUGUGUCUGUAAAAUGUAUUAUGUGAGAAAUGGGGGUGGAAACACCUUUUUAUGCACAAAUAUUGAUAUAAUAACCACAAGUCACGCAAUAUGUUACAUUGUAGGCCUACCACCACGAUGCAGGAAAGCAUAUAGGUAGAUGAAAUAAGUUAUGAUGAACUUCACAUGCUGGUUAAGUGCACAGUGAUCAUGCACAUUUCCAAUAGGCUAAAUAUCGAGGGUAGACUAUUUGAAUGCUGGUGACAUGAUAAUCGCUGUUUGCUGCCAAUAAUCAAAUAAAAUGAUCUUGCUCUUAUCCAUAUCUCAUCAUAAAACCUGUCCACUUUAUCAGCAAACUUGUCUAGAGAGCAUGCGCCAAAACCAGAUUGGGCAAGUUUUCAAUUUAACAGUUUUUGCGACAAAACCCUCGGCAGAGUUGAUAUAUAUUUUUUACGGAGUGGCUGCGGAUCCGACUUUUCUGGACCUUUCUUCCCGACAGCUAAAGGUCCCGACGCUUCUGCGCAUGCGCGGGAUUCUCUACUUACUCAGUCCCUGCUCUACUCGUGGAGAACAGGCUAUUCUGGCGAUUGGUGCUUGUUCAAUAAAGUUAGAUCAAAGCUGAAUCAAUGUCUGCAACAUCACAUGAUGAUAGUAUUGUACAUAACAGAACCCAAUAUAAUAGCAUAGCAUAUUACAGGGAUACUCAACUACUACGGGGGGGUAGAACUGGGGGGUUACCUACAGAUCUGCAGCCACAGCCUAUUUUUCUUUAAAUUGGGUACAUGGGAACUUUUUUAUGUGCACUACGUCAUCACACACAGACUUUUCUCCGCAACAAAUCAGUUUGAUGGAAACACCUCUGGUGGGAAAAUACGCAGAUUUUUUUUGAAUAUUCGCAUGAAAAUCUGGCACCAAUUGGAUGGAAACCUAGCCUAGUGCUGACCUACCAGGGAUUCAACAGCUAGUUUUUCAGUGCUUUAAUAUAUUGCUGCCCUUGCACUCUGCUAUGUCCCCCAGUAGCCUCCUCCCUGCAUUCUCUUACCUGCCGUAGUGACACUGCAUACCCCUACCCCGCUCUUUCCCCUUCCUUAGCUACCGCACACGUGAGGAGAUCCAGGAGGUCCGUAGUAAGAGCGACCCCAUCUCCAUGCUGAAGGACCGCAUGCUUAGCAACAACAUGGCCAGCAUAGAGGAGCUCAAGGUGAUUCUCAAAUAUUCACUAAUAUACUGGCCAUUCGACACAGUAUGAAUAGGCAGUAUAUACAUAGUCAAGAUAGAUUCAUAUCUUUUGACUAAGUUUGAAAAAUGCAUGAUUAUUGAUGCAUUGUAAAUAGUUACAGCUGACAGAAACAUGUCUUGGAGGAUGUAAUGACCAAACUUCCCUUGUCCUGUAUGUGUGCAGGAGAUUGAUAUUGCGGUGAGGAAGGAGAUUGAAGACGCUGCACAGUUUGCUACCACAGACCCAGAGCCCCCUCUGGAUGACCUGUGUAGCCACAUCUUCGCCAACGAUCAGCCCUUUGAAGUGCGUGGCGCCACCCCAUGGACCAAAGCUGACGUCGACCAGCUAAAGGCUCUCAUGCCCCACCCUUUUGUCUUCCAGGCCCUU